GCGCAGACCACGCAGGGCCUGAGGCUCUGAGCUGCAGCCACUCUGCACAGUGUCACAGCAGGACUUGGAUUCCCACCCUGGGCCCUUGAAUGCUUGCUGGCUUCAGUCAGAUUGACUUGGACCAAGAGGGGGUCUUAGGUUCAAACCUGACUCAGAGUUUGGGCUUAGUUGUGUAGUGUAGACAUACUCAGAUUUUAAAGCAGAAGCAACCAUUUUGAUUACCUAGUUCACUGAGUCUCAAACGUCACUGCACAAAAAUUACUACACAACCCCAGCAGGUGGGAUCUAAGCCUCCGUGUGCCUGAGCACCACCCCCCCGGGUGGAGGGGCUAAAGCUCAAGCCUCACCACCCCAUGCAGCAGGUGGGGAGCAAAGCUGAAGCCCAGGACUUCAGCCCCAGGCAGGGGACUUGUAACCUGAGCCCACUGCCCAGGCCUGAAGCCCUUGGCUUUGGUCCUAGGCCCCAGCAAGUCCAACACCAGUCCUGGUGACUCCAUUAAAACAGGGUUAUGAGGCACUUUGGGGUUGUGACUGACACUUUGAGAACCCUGUCGCGUUUGCCCUCCUGCAGAAGGCAGAUCAGAGAAUUUUGCACAUCAAAUCCUGCAUCAGCACUGUUAAACUUUUACAAUUUUAUUGCCAAGCUCAUGAUAGUGUGUGGUUUUGUGAAGGCUCAACUGCUGAAGUAGAUUGAAUAAUAAUACUGCCUAGUUCUUAAGCACUUUCUAUUAGCAGACCUCAAAGCACUUCAUCACACUGUUAUAUAUUGUCCUCAAUACUCUGAGGUGGAGGAAUAUUCUCAUUUUUAUAGGUGAAGUACCAAGGCACAGAGAGGCCACAUGAAUUAACCAAUAUCAUACAGGAAGUCACUAGUCUUGAACUCCAGUCCCCCAAGUAUUAGGAUAGGCCAGUGCCUCACCCCUGAACCAUCAACUAAAACUUGAAAAAAAUCAUAAUUGUGAAGGAAAGCUUGAAAUGUGACCUAGUGGUGACCAAAAGGCUCAAACCAGGAAACACAGAAACCAAAACUUAUUAUUGUUAGAUGUCAUGAUUUUUAAACCGAUGUCACUAUUUUUGAUUGCUUGUGGCUGGCAGUAUUGAUCGAGCCUCUUCCUUGGUCUCUUUCUAAUUUGAGGUAGUUUUACUCUUCUAUUGCAGUAUGUGUUUUGUUCUUAGAGUGGGAUAGGGAGCUUGCAUAACUACAACUGCUUCAUCUCUUUGUAUUGUAGUGUCUACAGGACUUUAUCUCGACAUUGUAUGCAUGCAUAAUAAAAAGAUGCUCCUUGUCCCAAACAGCUUCACUUAAAUACAGAUGCAUGUAACCUGUCUCUGCAGAAUUGGGAGGUCCAGUAAUUAAAGUUAAAAUACCUAAGGAUAGAGAUGGUAAACCAAAGCAAUUUGCAUUUGUGAAUUUCAAACAUGAAGAAUCUGUUCCUUAUGGAAUGAGUCUGCUUAAUGGGAUCAAACUUUUUGGAAGGCCCAUCAAAAUUCAGUUCCGAUCAGGGAGUAGUCAUGCGUCUCAAGAUGGCAAUUCAUCUUAUUCCCAGCAUGGAACUGCUAGUACAAGUCCUUCCAGCACACCACAUUCAACACCAAAUUCCAACAGCAGAUAUGAUAGGAGCACAGAUAACAUGUUAGCAACAGGAUUCACAUCCGUGCAGAUGCUCCAAAGGUCUUUCUCAUCUCCUGAUAACCUUCAGAGACAAGUGAUGAAUAGUGGUACAUGGCAGCAGUCACAAUACAGUGGAAAGUAUGGUUCUCCGCAUUCAGAUCAGUCCACUUAUACUUCACCGGGGCAGCAGCAGAGUCAUUCAUUUAAUCAGUCUUCAGGCUCACAAAUGCAGCGUCGUCCAGAUGGAUCAUCAGCACAGCGCAAGAACAGGCUGAACUCCCAUCCUUAUCAUAUGGACAGCAGACAUUUUAACCGCGAGCAGCGUUUUGGAGACUACGGAUCUGAUCAUCAUUACAGGGGGAGCAGAGAUGAGUACAGCUAUGAAGACAGGAGUCCUCAUGACCCUGGGUCUGAUCACUACUCCAGAGGGAACAGGGAUGAGUACUGCUAUGAAGACAGGAGCCAUGAUGGCUGGAGCCAUGACUAUAACAGAAGAGAGAACUACAGAGAUGGCAAAUGGCGUCCAUCCCGGCAUUAGCCAGUAUUAAAAGUGGGCUCUAAAGAACUUUUAUGCACUCUCUCCUUCAGGUCUCAAAUUGAUUUUAAAACAGUGUAUAGAGUAACAUCAUAAGUUACCUUUUAAAAAAAGUUUGUAAAGUCACCUCCAUUACCUUUUUUAAAAGAAAAAGCAGCUUCAUUUUUAUUGUAUUAACCUUUAACCUCAGGGUUUUAUGUCGAGAAAUGUGCCACAACUUUUUAAAAAAAAAUCAUUGUAGUUUGAGGUAGGUGAAGUUGUACAGCUUGGUUGUAUUAUAAAGAAAAUGUAUUUUUUUAGUAUAAUUAAAAAAAGUCAUCUCUUUUACAACAGGUCUGGUGGUAAUCCCAUUAAACAAAUUACUUGUGGUAUGAUUACAUCUGACAGUUUAAAUAUUAAAGACACUGUUUUCAUACUGAAUUAAAUGUUGCUUUUGAAAAUGUAUUGAAGAAUAGUAUUUAAUGUAAUUGCCCUGUAAAAUCUGUGGAUAAAACAAUUCCAGUGUUCCGAGUUCUUGCAUUUAAAGACUUCUCAAUUUGCUCUCCUUUGUUCCAAUCUUGGGCCUUUUGAUUUUAAUAUUUUUUUUAAAAUUAUGUGCAGUAGCCUAAAAUGUUUGAAGAAAUUAAGUUUAUGUAACUAAAACCACUCAGGAACUGAUUGCAUCCCUUGAAAUAUGUUGUCUAUGUUUUAGAAAAGAAUCUGAACUUAGCCUGUACCUUUGAUGUAAAGAAUUUUUGUUUAAUGCAUAGGAGAAACAGGGAUGCCUAUUUUAUAAUUAUUUUUAGAUGUAUUCCCCUAACUUUUAUACAACAUUAACUUUUCAAUCAGUUACUAAAAAAUUGUGGUCUGACUGAGUUACGGUAUACAGAAGUAAUAAAGGUGGAUUUUUUUCUUUCAGAUUAGUAACCAAGAGGCUGUUAGUGUGACAGAAUUCCUCAUGUAUUGAAAUCUUGUUUAAAUAACUGAACUCUAUUCACAUGCCCAGAUCACCUUUGAAUAUAUACAUUCCUAUGUUUCUGUAUAGUAAUAAAGUUUUUUAUAAAAGCA